AUUUUAAAAUACAUACCUAAAUAGUCUGAAAUCGAUAUUUCAUCAAUUUAUUUAUACUAUAUCAACACUAACUUUACUAAAUCGUUUAUUCGUGUUCUAAAUAUUAGGUUUCCCGACUGAUAACUUACAUAAUGUCUCGUCGAGGCAGAAAUUCGGCACCAUACCGGCAAUGUAACAAAGGUUUCUCAUGGGGAGACAGGCGUUUUGAACCACCAACACCUGGAACUUCUGAUGACCUUGAACCAGUGCGUCGCCCACGAGGCUUACGAGGGAAAGACAUCGGUCUGUACUAUAGAGAUCGUGCUAUGAAAAACGCAGAAGCGCGUAAAGAAGGGAAUAUAUAUGGCAAGAAGGGAACAUUUAAGAAGAGGCCUGAGGAUUAUAUUCUCACCCUGAAAAUUCCAAUGCCUAUUGUUUAUAAGCUGGAUGCAGAUUUACAAUCUAUUCUAGAGAAAGCAAACAAAUCAAACAUUAAAGUAGAAAGAGAUGAAGAAGUUAUUAUAAAACAGGAGUGUAAGGAUGAUUCUGAUAAUUUUGAGUUUAAAAAACCAAAAAUACCCCAAAAUGACUUAGAACAAAACACUUCUAAGGCUCCUGAUUUUGUACCAAUAAAAAAUGAGGUGUCAUUUGAUUAUGGAAAUAAUAUAAGACAGUUGUCAUUCAGAGGGGCUGGGGACUUCAAAUAUGGCUAUGAAGACAUCAUCACGGGUUCAUUUGACCAAAAACUUGAUGAAUGUCUUGCUAAUGGAAUCAAAAUUAUUGAGAGUACCAAUAAUAUUAAUGAAAUAAGUAAACAAUUGUAUGAUGAUUAUACAAGUAUGCUAAAAAACUCACAGUACAAUAAGUUUUUGGAGUUCAGAAAGAAGCUUCCCACUUAUAAUAAAACCAGUGACUUGUUGGAUGUAAUUAAGAAUAACCAAGUGAUUGUUAUAAGUGGUGAGACAGGAUGUGGAAAAUCAACCCAGGUUCCACAAGUAAUUUUAGAUGAUGCUAUUGCUAAUCUGAAAGGUGGCAAUAUUAAAAUACUAGUAACCCAGCCAAGACGGAUUGCUGCUUUAUCCUUGGCCAUGAGGGUAGCUCAGGAAAGAGGUGAAAAAGUUGGCACAUCUGUUGGAUAUGUUGUGAGACUUGAAAGAGUGGACUGUCGCAACAGAGGGAGUAUCACUUUUUGCACGACAGGUGUCCUCCUAGUCGACUUAGAGACAGACCAAGGUUUAACGAAAUACAGUCACAUUAUAUUAGAUGAGGUGCAUGAGAGGGACACGCAUAUUGAUCUUGCUAUGUGCAUGCUAAAAAAGGUCCUUAAAAAGCGAAAAGAUUUGAAGCUCAUAUUGAUGAGCGCGACUAUCGACGCUGAUAAGCUAAGCUCUUAUUACGAUGACUGCCCUAUGAUGCACAUAGAAGGGUUGGCAUACCCCGUACAGGAUAUCUAUUUAGAAGAAAUCCUUCAAACUACUGGAUUCAUACCAGACUUAGAACAGAUGGGGAAAAAUAAAAACAUGUCGAAGCCGCGAUGGCACAAAUAUAUAAAGAAGAAAUCAAAAGAAACCAUUUCAGAACAGAUGAUAAAGUAUAGAGCUGAAGUUGGGCCUUGGCUAGAAUCUUUAAAGAAGUCUGGUAACAUAAACAAUGACGUAUAUAACACGUUAAGCGACUAUAGAAUUGAAGAACUUAACACGGAACUUAUUCUUAACCUUUUAAUCCAUAUUUGUCGCGGUGACCCUGGCGCAGUAUUAAUAUUCUUACCGGGCAUUGGCGACAUUACUAAACUACUCAGCCUAAUGGAACAAAGCAAUGCUUUCCCUUCAAAUCUGUAUGAAAUCUACCCUUUACAUUCAAAGUUACCCACUGUGCAACAACAAAAGAUAUUCGAAAGACCGCCAGAUCAUAUCAGGAAGAUAAUAGUGGCGACGAACAUAGCAGAGACAUCUAUAACUAUAGACGACAUAGUGUAUGUGAUUGACUGUGGCAGAAUCAAAUACAAUGGGUUGAAUGUGGAGGACUAUAUCACUACACUACAAACGCAUUGGGUUUCUAAAGCCAAUUUGCGACAAAGACGCGGGCGUGCUGGUCGUUGCCAGCCAGGCAUCUGUUACCACCUCCUGACGUCAUUCCGGGCCUCGAAACUCGAAGAACGCCUUCUACCUGAGCUGCAGAGGAACAACCUUCUGGAACCAGUAUUAUCCAUCAAGAGACUAAGGCUUGGCUUAGCGGAAUCCGCCCUCCAAUUAGUACCCGACUCUCCUGAUGUAACUACUAUUAAGAGGGCGGUCAAACAUCUACAGCAAUGUGGUGCCCUAGAUGACAAGGAAACCCUGACGCCUCUAGGCUGGCAUUUGGCAAGGCUGCCCGUUCACCCGGCGGCUGGGAAACUACUGGUGCUGGGCACUUUACUGGGCUGUCUCGACCGCGCUGCCAGCCUGGCUUCUGUAUGGAGCUUCAAGGACCCCUUUCUAAUGGUCAUUGGUCACGAGAGAGAAGCAGAAGAGGCCAAACAGAACCUCGCUCUAGGUGAGCCAAGCGACCACGUGGCCAUGUCAGAAGCUAUCAUCCAAUGGGAAUAUCUGCCGAAAAGAGAGAGACGAAGUUUCGCGUACAACAAUUUCCUAGCCCAUAAUACUUUAGAACUUUUAUCUGAUAUGAAGCUGCAAUUGGUGGAUCAUCUAAAGCAAAUGGGCUUCUUGGCGGCGGCAGAUGUGAGGUCCCCGUGGGAAAAUAGGAAUGGGAAUAAUUUAAGCGUUUUCAAAGCUGUCGUUGCAGCCGCCUUGUACCCGAACAUCGGCUCUGUGAGAUGGAUAGGUCUUCAAAGCAGAAAGCUUAAUCGAAAUCCGCGUGUAAAAGUGCAUACUCCAGAAGACGGCAGUAUACAAAUACAUCCUAGUAGUGUGAUGUGUGUCCAUCACAAGCACGGUGGCAAAAGGAUCGCGUGUAACAACCCGGGCGCCAACUGGUUGGUCUACUGGUUGAAGCAGCGGUCGUCCGAUCUCUUCUUAAUCGAUGUUACCCUAGUACAUACGCUACCUCUGCUGUUCUUUGGUGAACUGAAAAUUGAUAUAAUGGAAAAAGAUACCUGUCUGAUGUCAAUAUCUACUUUCAAAGUGCGGUGUCCCAAAGACCAAGCAGACAAACUGAUUCAAUUGAGAAAGUUUUUGGAUGAUGUUUUGGCUUCGAAAAUCACAGUUAACUCUUCUCAUGCUACCACACACAGCUAUUUUGAAGAAAGCGUUUUAAGAGCUGUCACCGAUUUGAUCACUGCUGAGGACGAAGGUAUGGAUUACUUCGAAGAAGACGACACGGCCAGCUCAGACGCGUCAGAAUGUGAACAACAUCCAAAGAUGUUUUAUCGGUAAACAACUAACGCCCAUGGCUCCGCCCGAUAAAAAAGAAAAUCUCGCUCACACGGAUGUUACAGGAAAUCCUCUCUUAGUGCACCCCUACACCACAGCCAAACCUACAUGUCAAAUUUUAAACCUCUAGACCUAGCGGCUCGGGCUGUGCGUUGAUAUUUCAGAUCAGUGUACUUUUUAUAUAUUUAAGAAAAUCAGAUUACGCCUACCUGUUUACGCCCUUUUCGUAUUUACUCUACAAUAUCAAUAAAACAGCUGUUUACAUAAAUAUUUAAUAAAUGCCUAAACAUAUUUAGUGGUUUUAUUCUAAAAAGUAGAAAUAUCGACCACUGGCAACCCUGAACUUUAUUUGACAUCAACUUGUUUUGAUAUAAGUAAACUUCUUUGAUAUGAAGUGAUAAGAAUUUUUGUUAGCUAAAAUUAAGUAGGUAAGUUAAAGAAAGUAAGCAUGUUUGCUGCGACGCUG